CACACACGACAUUCCACCACUCUUGAUUGACCGCCCUGGAAUGGACAUUUGACCCUCAAAAUCUACAAAGCCCUUCUUACGCUGCCGCCCUCUCUGUCUGUAACCAUGGCCGACGUCGCAACCCCUUCCGCCGCCCCGGUGGUCGACGAGAAGAAGAAGUUCGAGAAGCCAGAGAAGCCGGACGAAGCAGCCUACAAGGCCGCUCUCAAGAAGGCUGAGAAGGAACAUGCGGAUUCGAUGGCAAAAUUUAAUGCCGUCAGGGCCAAGUUGGACAUUGCCCAGCCAAAAUCCAAAGACUCCCCAUCUGCCAAACGUCGCGCCGAACUCUUGAGCCAAUUGAAGGAAAUCCGCGAGCAGCAGGCUGGAGGAAAGGCAGGGCGCAACAAGAUCUUCGAGGAAAUCAAGAGACUCGAUGAGAAGCUGAAGAGCAAGAUCGCUGAGCAGAAGACUGCGCGCAGCCGGGUUGCAUUCAAGAACAUCGAGGAGGUGGACCGUGAGAUUGCCAGAUUGGACAAGCAGGUCAACAGCGGAAUGAUGAAGUUGGUUGAUGAGAGGAAGGCUCUUACCGAAAUCUCCAAUCUCCGGAAGCAACGAAAGGGCUUUGCAGGCUUUGAACUGGCCCAGAAAGAAAUCGAUGACCUGAAGGCUGAGCUCAAGGCAAAGCGGGACACUCUAGAUGACCCGGAAACCAAGGCCCUGAGCGACAAGUACAACAAGCUGCAGGCCGAGUUGGAUGCGAUCAAGGCCGAGCAAGAUGAUGCUUUCAAAAACAUCCAGUCCCUGCGCGACGAGAGAACCAGACUGCAGGCUGAGCAGCAAGAGAAGUAUCUUGCCAUAAAGAAGAUCAAGGACGACUACUACAACCAAAACCGAGCUGUGCAGAAAUACGAAUAUGAGGCCCGUCAAAGACUUCGUGAGCGCAGGAAGGCCGAGCAAGAGAGGUACGAAAAAGAGAAGAAGAAGGAACGUGCGCAAAAGAUGCUUGCUGAAGCCAGCGAUAAGGCAUACCUCGACGAAAUUCGCCGUGGUGAGAGCCUGCUCCGAUUCCUUGAUCCCACCUACCAGGCUGAAAAGACACCCCUGGUGGCCCCAUCGCAAUUCCAGGCCCAAGCUCAACGUACAGUGGAUGAUUCUGGUCUGAAGGGCGUAAAAGUAGUCCGAAAGGAGGACAAGGAGGAGGAUUACUUCAAAGGCAAUGGAGGCAAGAAGGGCAAGAAAGGACGGAACACCCCCCCUGCGUCUGGUAAAUACAGCUGCCCACCUUCAGUUGUGGAAGACUGCGCAUUCAUGGGCAUCGAUCCUCCCAUGAGUGCUGCCGAUAUCCCAGCUGUUAGGGAGAAGGUCAAGGCGAAGUUGGAUUUCUGGAAGUCUGAUCAAGACGCCCAGACCGAGCGCAACAUCGCCAAAGCCAAGAAGGAACUCGAGCGUCUCGAAGCUGAGGAAUCG